AUGUUAGCAGACAGUGAUGGCCAGGCGGCAUCGAACGGCACUGAACGAGCAUAUGCCAAUGGGAAGUCGCAUCAUCGGACAGUACCGGCAGCAAGCGCGAAUGGAACUCACAAACCCGUUGUUUCCACCAACGGGUCCUCGAAAUCCCGACCGCCAGACACGUACCUCGGCCAUGACCGCGAGGAGGUGACCAGGAUACUCAUACAAGCUUUGUCGGACAUGGGCUACCACUCGGCUGCGCAGAGCGUCAGUCGGGACAGUGGUUACGAACUUGAGAGCCCAACGGUCGCAGCUUUCAGAAAUGCGGUGCUAGAAGGAGCAUGGGAUGAAGCUGAGGAGCUGCUAUUUGGUGCCGCAACCCCUGAAGACAGGUCAAAUCAAAAUGGGAAUGGCCUAGUGCUGGCACCUGGCACAGACAGAAACGUAAUGCGCUUCUGGAUACGACAGCAAAAGUUCCUGGAGCUGCUGGAGCAGAGGGAAACUAGCAGGGCCUUGACGGUACUCCGGACUGAACUGACGCCCCUGUAUCAAGAUACUCACAAACUCCACUUUCUUUCUAGCCUUCUCAUGUGUCAGUCCCCGGAUGACCUCAAGUCGAAAUCGGAGUGGGAUGGGGCUUAUGGACAGUCCCGUCAGAUAUUGUUAUCCGAACUCUCCAAAUGCAUAUCGGCGUCAGUCAUGCUCCCAGAGCAUCGCUUGGCCGUUCUCCUGCAUCAAGUCAAGCAGAGCCAAAUCGGCAUGUGCAUGUACCAUUCCAGUUCCGACUCGCCAUCUCUGUACGCGGAUCACAACUGUGACCGGCGGCAGUUCCCGUCAGAAAACAUCAUAGAGCUCGAUGACCACACCGGGGAGGUCUGGCAAGUGGUCUUUUCUCAUGACGGGACCAAACUAGCCAGCUGCGGUGGCGACAAACAAGUCAUCAUUUGGGACGUCCCGUCGUUCAAAGCGGUGCACUAUCUCAAAGACCACGAUGCCGGAGUCGGUAAUGUCGCCUGGAGUUGGGAUGACUCCAUGCUCGUAACAUGUUGUCAAGAUCGACAUGCGAGAUUAUGGGACCCUCACACCGGAAACCUGAUCAGGAAGCUGGAACGCUUUGCCGAGCCUGUCAGCAGUUGUAUCUGGGCUGCAGACGGCCACACAUUCAUCACUGGCGCGUUAGACAAGACGCGCAGUAUUUGCCAAUGGAACCUUAACGGCGACAAAGUUUUCGACUGGGCCAACGCCCACAGGGUCGAGGACUUGGCAGUAUCGCCAGAUGGGCACUGGCUGGUAGCCAUGGACGACCGGCACCACAUCCACGUCUACAACUUUGUUACUCGCGAACUUGCAUACAAAAUGGACCUUCAAGUCCGACUGACUUCCAUAAGUAUCAGUCAAGACUCGAGAUAUCUUUUGGUGAACCACACAAAUGGUGUUGCGCGCCUAAUUGAUCUCGUGAACCGAGAACCUGUACAGACCUACUCAGGACAUACUGGAGGAGACUACCUGAUUCGAACUGCAUUUGGGGGAGCCAACGAGAGCUUCGUUAUAAGCGGUAGUGAAGAUGGCUUGAUCAACAUUUGGCAUAAGGCCAGUGCCGUGCCCAUCGAGAAGUUGAACGGCCACCAUCCCAGAUGUAACGCCGUUACUUGGAGCCCCACUGACCCCUGUUUAUUCGCGUCUUGCGGCGAUGACGGGAAGAUAAAGAUAUGGUCCAAUAACGAAUGGCGGCGAUCUCACAACGAAGCUACACACCAUAAUCAUGAGACUGGCCGAAGCUCGAACGGUUGGCGUGGAGAGAUGGGGGAGGCUUAG